GCAUUCGUCACCACACCAAAACAAUACCCUGGCCGUUUUCUUUAGGUCAUGGCUCCACCAACCACACCUCCUUUGCAGUCACAACAGCGCAAUCUACCCGCUGGCAGACACGACCAGCCUAUCAGCAGCCCUAGUGAUGCCACUGGUGCGUCUUGCGGCCCCUACCCCGGCAAAAAAUUUGUACACGUCGGCACCAAUUCGACAAGGCAGCUCACCAAUGGGAAUAGUCCCGAGUGAGGGGCCGCUGUCGCUGUGCUGCGUUGGGGCGUGCUGACCGCGUUAUGACGAGUUGCCAGACCACCACAAAAGAGAAAAUAAAACGCGCAUGUUCCCCCGGCGCCUGUGGCAUGGUGUUGAAUUUUGGUUUUGAUUUUGGAAAUAUUCGAAUCUUCACAGGAUACUCAGUCCUAUUACUUACAACUGUCACAAACACCAACCAAAACUUGAACCACAACAGGCGACAACCUGUUUUGGUAUUCCUGCAUACUCUGCCUCCAUUUAUCCCUCUGUAACUUUUUACCUCGGUUAAAAGUUACCUUGCUGUCCACGCAGCGCUUCUCAAACGUUCCCUACGCUGCGCUCCGGGAUCAGGUCUUCCCUCUUUACUGUGUGAUAGCUAUCCUCCUCAUUAGCUAUUCCACCACUCCCUUCCCCAAACCACCUUUGGAUAUAAUGACUGCCGCUGUCAUGUCUAUCCACCAGUCCAAGAUGCCGGGCUAUGAUAAGAACAAUGCCAUCAACCUUGAUGAGAUGCAUUCGCUUACUAGGUACUGUUUCUCCAUUACGUCACCUGUUCCGGAUUGUUUUUUCUUAUUCUUUCUCUUUUUUCUUUGUCGUCGUUGUGUUCUUUCUCCGUUUCUACGCACUGUCGUCAUAUCUUCAGUUGAAGAUUUUUGUUUUUCAUUUUUCAGCCCGGAAGCCCAGGACAAUAUGCCAUUGGAUCGAUGCUCUUCAAAUCCCGGAAUUUGAAUGAACGGAAAUCUCGCUCCAACCGGACGAGAUUACACAUGAAGUGCAAAUAAAGUCAUUGCAAGAUUGUGAAAAUUUCUCGACCUUUAAAAGUCGAGCGGUUAAGUACUAUUCGCCCAUAUCUGCCCGGAAGCCACUGGAUGUCUCGUUUUGAAUCGCUUGUGGAAAAAAGAAAUUGCCGGAUAUUCCAUUUUACUGGAUUAUAUGCGGAAAUCCCAAAACCGGACUGAUAUAUGUUUCAUUUUUAUUUUCAAGCAUCGAACUGAAUGGACCACAAUCUUGUUGCCGAGCCGGCACGGAUACUUGGACGGAUGAUCUCACGAUCUCCCGCUGAAGUGCAUUUGAGAUAUCAAAGCAUGUCAUAAUCAGCUUUUCGCAGGUAAUGAAUGAACAAGACUCAUAUUGCAUUUGUCUUUUUCAAAUGCUCUCUGUUUUCCCUCUGGACUAUUUUGCGAACCUGGAUCUCAACUGGACACGACCCUGCCUGCGCUGGUACCUAUUGCAACCUACUGGAACCCGGACCUGAUUUCUGUGUAUUACAACCUUAUACUAGUCACAAGAUUAGCCAAUACUGCCAACAAUCUCUCUGGAUUUAGCCAAUGGCCAUCUCAUUCCUGGAUCUCGAUGCAACAUAAACUCCCCAAUUUCAUCACUCCUACUCCACAUGGUCAACAUUUCAUUCUAAUUAGCCCUUCUCUGGUGUAUUCCACUCCCACUUCACUUCUAUUUUCACUAUUGUCACUUCUUUUCGUUUUUGAUGAAUCAAGUUUGGGCAUCACCGCUAUGAGUGGCGAUGCCUGCGUAAUAUGGCAUGGUUCAAAGUUGAUACCAUGUUCUGCUUUUGCAUAGUUUCGGGAUCCUCUGGUGUAUGAAUACUAACAAUGAUUCAGCGACAGCAGCUAUUCUCAACUUCCAGUGCCGCUGGGUACUGCUUCUGUCUACAGCUUAAGCAACUCAGAUCCCACAUCUGACUUGAGCAAUGGGACCUGGAGCGUGGCCAUUGAUGGGAUGAACUUUCUCCCACAUUUCCCUGACCCUUCCUUGCAACCGUCUGGACCCACCGAGGAUUUUAACUUCACAUCUGGACAAACUACCCCCAAAGGCUCCAGAAACCAGAAUAAUGACUACAUGGACUCGUCUUGGGCUACGUUGCGUGCAGUGACACCAAAGGGGCAGAGCAUGAUGCGAGUUGACUCGUCUGCCUCUGCCUGCUCCUCUGCAUCCCAAGUUUCCUCCAUGGGCGUGCUUUCAAAUGAUGGUUCUGGCUUCCAUGCCUUUCAAGCCCCUUCUACAAACCCAGUUUCUGCUGCAACCAGCGACCCAUCUCCAUUGGCAUGGGAUGGCUAUGAAGAUGAUGGACUAGGUGGCGCCUUUAAAAUUGACUUAGGGGAGCUUGAUGGCAUUGACAUCACAUCUACUGAGGCAGCGCUUGGCCAGACGCUGCACGCCCACUCGUCCCCAAGUUCAUGGGGAGAUUUUGAGAGUUCCAUCUCCAGAACUUCUUCCCCUGCUACUGUCGACGAGGCAUGGAUGAAGGGUGCCUUUGCUGCUACGUCUCCUCAGACCACCUUGAACUUGCACAAUGAAUUAUCGCCGUCUUUGAAGUUGGCAGAUCCUGUUGACCUCACAGCAUCGUUAAUAGCCCGCCCAAGCACGGACGGGGAUUCACCACGGGAUGAUGUGCGCUAUAAGAAUGCCGUUCGGGGUGCAGAUGGUUUAUUCCACUGCCCUUGGGAGGGAACUCCUGAAUGCAACCACAAGCCAGAGAAGCUCAAGUGUAACUACGACAAAUUCCUUGAUUCUCACUUGAAACCGUACCGAUGCAAGGUGCCUACUUGCAACGGUGCUCAAUUUUCGUCGACUGCUUGCCGAUUGCGUCACGAAAGAGAGGCCCAUGGCUUACAUGGGCAUGGCAAUAAGCCAUUUCCAUGCACCUAUGAGGGUUGUGAAAGAUCACAGCCUGGCAAUGGAUUUCCACGUCUCUGGAACCUCCGAGAUCAUAUGAAACGCGUGCAUAAUGACAAGACCGAUGAUCUCGGCCAAGAUUUGUCCCCGACGUCGGGGUCUGCAAAGGGCCGCAAAAGAAAGUCGGAUGCGCAAGACUCUGCGAUGGGCAGCCGCAAAGCUGCCCAAAGUAUGCCACCGCCAAAGCUUCCCGCAGAUCCCACAAGGCCCCUGCUCCAGCGAUGGGAAAGUCAUUAUAAGGCGAUGCAAGGUCUUCUAGAAGACAUUGCAACCCCUGGUGAUGGCAAAGCUAUGAAGCAGAUUUUUGAAAUGCAAAGACGCUCAUCAGAAAUGGCCAAAAUCAAUGCUGAAUUAGCAAACUUGACAAGGGCAAAAACUCAGAACACAUCUGGAUGAAUGCCAUUGCUCACAUGCAAAGACAAUGUCUUCGUCAAAUGAACUUGGAAGUAUGACAGGGUUGGAGCCAGCGCAGACGCAAUACUUUUAGCUCACUGCCGUAUGUCUAUGGAACUGCACUGCGUAGUGGACCACACUUCUACAUUUGCAUUGUCUAUUCAAUGUACGUGCAUUGGAUUCAGAAGGAUGCGACUAAAAGGGCACACCUCUCAGUAUCUAAUACCGAGAGGCAUUCCUUGCUUCGUCUUUGACAAAGUGUCCGCUCAAUCAACUGGGCUGGGCUUUGUGAAGGGACUAGAAACUAGUACUUGGUAUCAAAGGGUGCUUCGGAGGGAACAGUAUGCGAUACGCAGUUCAACUACAGCUUUGUAGUAACAGCCGAACCAGCGGCUGUCAUUUGUAUUUAUUUUCAAACGGGACGGGUUUCUUUUUUCUUGAUCGAAAUUUUCUGUAGCUAGCGAAAACAGCAAUUUGAACUUUAUCCUUUUUACAAAGAUUCUGCCUCCUUCCCUGAACCAGCUAAUGUGUGAUGCGAGACAA